CCGCUCGCCCGCCCCGCCCGUAGUGCGUGAGGCGCUCCGCUCCCAUUUGCAGCGGCCGCAGGGCGCCGAGGGCAGCUGCGGCGGGGCGGACUAGCCGGGACGGCGGCGACCGGCGCCUGAGAGGCGGGCCGCAGCGGGAAGCAGCGGGCCCGAGGCCGCGUCCAUGGGCCCGCGGCGGCCGGGCGGCGGCGGUGCGGGCGGGAGCUGGGCGUCGCGCGCGCUGUGAGGCCCGGGCGGCUCAGGAGCCUCGGCGCGUGCAGCGAGCCGCCCGCCGGGAAGGAGGCCGGGCCGGGCCUGCGGCGGGGCCGGCGAGGGAUGAGGCGGCGGCCGCGCUGAGUCCCUAGCCCGCCGGGAGCGCCAAGCCGGCCAGGCCUGCGCCGCCGCCGCCGCCGCCGCCGCCGCCGCCGCCGCCGCGCCGACCAUGUCGGCAGCCAAGGAGAACCCGUGCAGGAAAUUCCAGGCCAACAUCUUCAACAAGAGCAAGUGUCAGAACUGCUUCAAGCCCCGCGAGUCGCAUCUGCUCAACGACGAGGACCUGACGCAGGCAAAACCCAUUUAUGGUGGUUGGCUGCUCCUGGCUCCAGAUGGGACCGACUUUGACAACCCAGUGCACCGGUCUCGGAAAUGGCAGCGACGGUUCUUCAUCCUUUACGAGCACGGCCUCUUGCGCUACGCCCUGGAUGAGAUGCCCACGACCCUGCCUCAGGGCACCAUCAACAUGAACCAGUGCACAGACGUGGUGGAUGGCGAGGGCCGCACGGGCCAGAAGUUCUCCCUGUGUAUUCUGACGCCUGAGAAGGAGCAUUUCAUCCGGGCGGAGACCAAGGAGAUCGUCAGCGGGUGGCUGGAGAUGCUCAUGGUCUAUCCCCGGACCAACAAGCAGAAUCAGAAGAAGAAACGGAAAGUGGAGCCCCCCACACCACAGGAGCCUGGGCCUGCCAAGGUGGCUGUUACCAGCAGCAGCAGCAGCAGCAGCAGCAUCCCCAGUGCUGAGAAAGUCCCCACCACCAAGUCCACACUCUGGCAGGAAGAAAUGAGGACCAAGGACCAGCCAGAUGGCAGCAGCCUGAGUCCAGCUCAGAGUCCCAGCCAGAGUCAGCCUCCUGCUGCCAGCUCCCUGCGGGAACCUGGGCUGGAGAGCAAAGAAGAGGAGAGCUCCAUGAGUAGCGACCACGUGGACUGUGGCCGCAAAGUCCGGGUGGAGAGCGGCUACUUCUCCCUGGAGAAGACCAAACAGGACUUGAAGGCCGAGGAACAGCAGCUGCCCCCGCCGCUCUCCCCUCCCAGCCCCAGCACCCCCAACCACAGGUACAGUUGCCCCGAGUCACCCUCCCGGGAGCUCGGUGGUCCUCUUCCUUCCCCAGGUCCUCAACUCCCCCACCGAAUGGUCUGCAGCAUCUCCCUCGGCUCCCUGGAUGUGGCCAGCCAGCCACCUGCCUACGUGGACUCUGGCAGCACUAGGGGGCGGGGGACAGAGAGACUGGGGAGCGCCUUUGCCUUUAAAGCCAGCAGGCAAUAUGCCACCCUGGCCGACGUCCCUAAGGCCAUCAGGAUCAGCCACCGAGAAGCCUUCCAGGUGGAGAGAAGGCGGCUGGAGCGUAGAACUCGGGCCCGGAGCCCUGGCAGGGAGGAGGUGGCCCGUCUGUUUGGCAACGAGCGGAGGAGGUCCCAGGUGAUUGAAAAGUUUGAGGCCUUGGACAUUGAGAAGGCAGAGCACAUGGAGACCAAUGCAGUGGGGCCCUCGCCAUCCAGCGACACACGCCAGGGCCGCAGUGAGAAGAGGGCGUUCCCUAGGAAGCGGGACUUCACCAGUGAAGCCCCCCCAGCUCCUCUCCCAGACGCCUCGGCUUCCCCCCUGUCUCCACACCGAAGAGCCAAGUCACUGGACAGGAGGUCCACGGAGCCCUCCGUGACGCCCGACCUGCUGAAUUUCAAGAAAGGCUGGCUGACUAAGCAGUAUGAGGAUGGCCAGUGGAAGAAACACUGGUUUGUCCUCGCCGAUCAAAGCCUGAGAUACUACAGGGAUUCAGUGGCUGAGGAGGCAGCCGACUUGGAUGGGGAAAUCGACUUGUCUACAUGUUACGAUGUCACAGAGUAUCCAGUUCAGAGAAACUAUGGCUUCCAGAUACAUACAAAGGAGGGCGAGUUUACCCUGUCGGCCAUGACGUCUGGGAUUCGGCGGAACUGGAUCCAGACCAUCAUGAAGCACGUGCACCCGACCACCGCCCCGGAUGUGACCAGCUCGUUGCCAGAGGAAAAAAACAAGAGCAGCUCCUCUUUUGAGACCUGCCCGAGGCCUACUGAGAAGCAAGAGGCAGAGCCCGGGGAGCCGGACCCUGAGCAGAAGAGGAGCCGCGCGCGGGAGCGGAGGCGAGAGGGCCGCUCCAAGACCUUUGACUGGGCUGAGUUCCGUCCCAUCCAGCAGGCCCUGGCUCAGGAGCGGGUGGGCGGUGCGGGGCCUGCUGACACCCAUGAGCCCCUGCGCCCUGAGGCGGAGCCUGGGGAGCUGGAGCGGGAGCGUGCACGGAGGCGGGAGGAGCGCCGCAAGCGCUUUGGGAUGCUCGACGCCACAGACGGGCCAGGCACUGAGGAUGCAGCCCUGCGCAUGGAGGUGGACCGGAGCCCAGGGCUGCCUGUGAGCGACCUCAAGACACAUAACGUCCACGUGGAGAUCGAGCAGCGGUGGCAUCAGGUGGAGACCACGCCUCUCCGGGAAGAGAAGCAGGUGCCCAUCGCCCCCGUCCACCUGUCUUCUGAAGAUGGGAGUGACCGGCUCUCCACAAACGAGCUGACCUCUCUGCUCGAGAAGGAGCUGGAGCAGAGCCAGAAGGAGGCCUCAGACCUUCUGGAGCAGAACCGGCUCCUGCAGGACCAGCUGAGGGUGGCCCUGGGCCGGGAGCAGAGCGCCCGUGAGGGCUACGUGCUGCAGACUGAAGUGGCCGCCUCCCCAUCGGGUGCCUGGCAGAGGCUCCAUAGAGUCAACCAAGACCUUCAAAGUGAGCUUGAAGCCCAGUGCCAGCGCCAGGAGCUGAUUACACACCAGAUUCAGACCCUGAAGCGUAGCUAUGGGGAGGCCAAGGACACGAUCCGGCACCAUGAGGCUGAGAUCCGGAGCCUUCAGGCACGGCUCAGCAAUGCGGCCGCCGAGCUAGCCAUCAAGGAGCAGGCGCUGGCCAAGCUCAAGGGCGACCUGAAGCGGGAGCAGGGCCGGGUCCGCGAGCAGCUGGAGGAGCGGCAACACAGCGAGGCGGCGCUGAGCAGCCAGCUGAGGGCUAGCGAGCAGAAGCUCAAGAGUGCCGAGGCCCUGCUGCUGGAGAAGACGCAGGAGCUACGGGGCAUGGAGACACAGCAGGCGCUGCAGCGGGACCGGCAGAAGGAGGUCCAGAGGCUGCAGGAGCGCAUUGCCGACCUCAGCCAGCAACUGGGCGCCAGUGAGCAGGCCCAGCGGCUGAUGGAGGAGAAGCUGCAGAGAAACUACGAGCUGCUGCUGGAGAGCUGUGAGAAGGAGAAGCAGGCAUUGCUGCAGAACCUAAAGGAGGUGGAAGACAAGGCCAGCGCCUAUGAGGACCAGCUGCAGGGUCAGGCACAGCAGGUGGAGACCCUGCAGAAGGAGAAGCUGAGCGCCACUUUCGAGGGCAGUGAGCAGGUGCACCAGCUGGAGGAGCAGCUGGAGGCACGAGAGGCCAGCGUGCGCAGGCUCGCAGAGCACGUGCAGAGCCUCUGUGAUGAGCGGGACCUCCUCAGGCAGCGGUUCCAGGAGCUGACAGAGCGCGUGGCCACGUCCGACGAGGAUGUGGCUGAGCUCCGGGAAAAGCUGAGGAGAAGAGAGGCCGACAACCAGAGCCUGGAGCACUCCUACCAGAGGGUCUCCAGCCAGCUGCAGAGCAUGCACACUCUGCUGAGAGAGAAGGAGGAAGAGCUGGAACGCAUUAAGGAAGCACAUGAGAAGGUUCUGGAGAAGAAGGAGCAGGACCUCAAUGAGGCUUUGGUUAAAAUGGUUGCCUUGGGGAGCAGCUUAGAGGAAACAGAAAUUAAGCUCCAGGCAAAAGAAGAGAUUUUAAGGAAAUUUGCAAGUGAAUCUCCAAAGGACAUGGAAGAGCCACAGAGUACUCCUGAAGAGACAGAAAGGGAUGGCACUUUGCUCCCAGGCCAACCAGUCCAAGCCACUAGGGCACCUCUAGGCCUCCCACACACAAGGCUUGAGGAUGAGGACGAGGACCUGGAGGCUCCUCCAGGGGAGGAGUACGGUGACAGCAGCCCCAAUAGGGAAGAGAGCAUGGUGCCCCCAAAGUCAGUGGAGGUGCUUGACAGGGAGGGCCAUCAGCAGGGCACAGCCAAACUCGACCAGGGGGCACCUGGUGUUAAAAGGCAAAGAAUCCGGUUCUCCACAAUCCAGUGCCAAAGAUACAUUCACCCCGAAGGGUCUGAGAAGACCUGGACCAGCAGCACAUCUUCCGACACCAGCCAGGACCGGUCACCCUCGGAAGAAAGCAUGUCCUCAGAGCCUGCACCCAGUGUACUGCCUGCAACUGGCGACUCUGACACAUACCUCUCCAUCAUCCACUCCCUGGAGACCAAGCUCUACGUCACAGAGGAAAAGCUCAAAGACGUGACCGUGAGGCUGGAGAGCCAGCAGGGUCAGAGCCGUGAGGCACUGCUCGCACUGCAUCACCAGUGGGCGGGCACCGAGGCCCAGCUGCGUGAGCAGCUCCGUGCCAGCCUGCUCCAGGUUGGCGCACUGGCCUCCCAGCUGGAGCAGGAGAGGCAGGAGAGGGCCAGGAGGGUUGAAGGGCAUGUUGGAGAGCUUGGGGACUUCCAGGUCAAGAACAGUCAGGCCCUGAUGUGCCUGGAAAAUUGCCGAGAACAACUGAGAUCUCUGCCUAGGGCCAGCCAGGAGGAUGAGCAGGACGCACGCGCAGCCUCCCUGGCCAGUGUGGAGAGUGCACUCAUCAGCGCCACCCAAGCCCUGCGGCACUGGCCGGCCCCAGCCCAUGGCGGGGCCUGUGCACAGCUGGAGACAGGUGGCACCGAGGAGAAUGGGAAGCCUGCCUCCCUGCAGCAGUACUCCCAGUCUGAGCUGACAGAGCAGGAGCAGGUGAGGCUUCUUUCUGACCAGAUUGCUCUGGAGGCUUCGCUGAUCAGCCAGAUAGCAGAUUCCCUGAAGAACACAACAUCAGAUGUCUCCCGAAUGCUCCACGAGAUUUCUUGGUCAGGACAGCCACUGAUGGAAUCUGCUGGGGCCCCCGUAGACACCUGGGCCAGGAAGGUGCUGGUGGAUGGUGAGUUCUGGAGCCAGGUUGAGUCUCUGAGGAAGCACUUGGGGACGCUGGGAGGAGAGGCAGUCAGUGCCUCAGGAGACGGGCAGCAGAGCAUCCCACAGGGCCUGGCCCCCGUCCUGGCCAAUGCCACAUGGGUCAGGGCAGAGCUCAGCUUUGCCACACAGUCAGUGAGGGAGUCGUUCCACCGCAGGCUACAGAGCAUCCAGGAGACCCUGCGGGGCACCCAGACGGCCCUGCGGCAGCACAAGUGCCUGCUGAGGGAAAUCCUGGGAGCCUACCAAACCCCAGACUUUGAGAGAGUGAUGCAGCAGGUCUUGGAAGCCCUCAGGCUUCCAGCGGGCCAUGAAGAUGGUGUUCAGCUGUCCUGGGACCUGAGCCCCUUAGGAGAAGUCCUGGGCCGAGACUCAGACGGUUCUCAGGAGCCCUUGCAUGUGUCUGACCAGAGCCCUGGGGCCUUUGUUGCUAUUCAGGAGGAGCUUGCCCAGCAGCUGAAGGAGAAGGCCAGCCUCUUAGAGGAGAUAGCGGCUGCCCUACCAUCUCUGCCACCUGUGGAAUCGCUGAGAGAUUGCCAGAAGCUUCUCCAGGUGUCCCAGAGUCUCUCGUAUAACACUUGUUUGGGAGGCCUCGGUCAGUAUUCUUCAUUGUUGGUUCAGGAUGCCAUUAUUCAGGCCCAGGUGUGCUAUGCGGCCUGCAGAAUCCGGCUAGAAUAUGAGAAGGAGCUCCAGCUCUGCAAGGAGUCCUGGCAAACCCGGGAGCCCUCCUGCGCAGAGCAGGCACAGGCAGCGCAGGCCUUGAGGGAGGAGUACGAGGAGCUUCUCCGCAAGCAGAAGAGCGAGUACCUGGAUGUCAUUGCCAUUGUUGAAAGGGAGAAUGCAGAGCUCAAGGCCAAGGCCGCCCAGCUAGACCAUCAGCAGCAGUGUCUGGAGGAUGCAGAGAGCAAGCACAGCAUGAGCAUGUUCACCCUGCGGGGCAGGUAUGAGGAGGAGAUUCGGUGUGUGGUGGAGCAGCUGACCAGGACCGAGAGCACACUGCAGGCCGAGCGCAGCCGGGUCCUGAGCCAGCUGGAUGCCUCGGUCAGAGACAGGCAGGACAUGGAGAGGCAUCAUGGCGAGCAGAUACAGACCCUGGAGGACAGGUUCCAGCUCAAGGUCCGGGAGCUGCAGACGAUUCACGAGGAGGAGCUGAGGACCCUGCAGGAGCACUACUCGCAGAGCCUGAGGUGCCUUCAGGACACCUUCUGCCUCCACCAGGGGCCGCACCCCAAGGCCCUGCCAGCCCCUGCCCCCAACUGGCAGGCCACCCAGGGAGAGGCUGACUCCAUGAUGGGGCUGAGGGAGCGCAUCCAGGAGCUGGAGGCCCAGAUGGACGUCAUGCGGGAGGAGCUGGGACACAAGGACCUGGAGGGCGAUGCAGCCACACUGCGCGAGAAGUACCAGAGGGACUUGGAGAGCCUUAAGGCCACGUGCGAGCGAGGGUUUGCAGCAAUGGAAGAAACGCACCAGAAGAAGAUUGAAGAUCUGCAGAGGCAGCACCAGCGGGAGCUAGAGAAACUUCGGGAAGAGAAAGACCGCCUCCUAGCCGAGGAGACAGCAGCCACCAUCUCAGCCAUCGAAGCCAUGAAGAACGCCCACCGGGAGGAGAUGGAGCGGGAGCUGGAGAAGAGCCAGCGGUCCCAGAUCAGCAGUGUCAACUCGGAUGUUGAGGCCCUGCGGCGCCAGUACCUGGAGGAGCUGCAGUCGGUGCAGCGGGAACUGGAGGUCCUCUCGGAGCAGUAUUCGCAGAAGUGCCUGGAGAAUGCCCAUCUGGCCCAGGCGCUGGAGGCCGAGCGGCAGGCCCUGCGGCAGUGCCAGCGUGAGAACCAGGAGCUCAAUGCCCACAACCAGGAGCUGAACAACCGCCUGGCUGCAGAGAUCACACGGUUGCGGACGCUGUUGACUGGGGACGGCGGUGGGGAGGCCACUGGGUCACCCCUUGCACAGGGCAAGGAUGCCUAUGAACUAGAGGUCUUAUUGCGGGUAAAGGAAUCAGAAAUACAGUACCUGAAACAGGAGAUUAGCUCCCUCAAGGAUGAGCUGCAGACGGCACUGCGGGACAAGAAGUACGCAAGUGACAAGUACAAAGACAUCUACACAGAGCUCAGCAUCGCGAAGGCUAAGGCUGACUGUGACAUCAGCAGGUUAAAGGAGCAGCUCAAGGCUGCAACGGAAGCACUGGGGGAAAAGUCCCCUGACAGUGCCACGGUGUCCGGAUAUGAUAUAAUGAAAUCUAAAAGCAACCCUGACUUCUUGAAGAAAGACAGAUCUUGUGUCACCCGGCAACUCAGAAACAUCAGGUCCAAGAGUCUGAAGGAAGGCCUGACGGUGCAAGAACGGUUGAAGCUCUUUGAAUCCAGGGACUUGAAGAAAGACUAGCUGUGUCCCAUCCAAGUUGAGCACGCGCCUUCCCCAGCUUGCAGCAGCACACCCCGAGCGCUGCUUUUCACCUGUACCUUUGUUUUAUUAUUAUUAUUGCUGUUGUUGUCAUCGUUAACUGUGGGCAUGGAAUGCGUGAGGCUGGCUUCUGGAUUGUCCACACCACUCUCUGCUGUGUUGACUUCCUGUUGUCUUCAUCAAAGCUUUUUUCCGUGGUAUUCUAAAAUUAGGCCAGCAGUGGGGGCUGGGAGGGCAUCUGUGUUAGUCCCUUCCUGGCUGUGACCCGCCAUACUCACUGUCAGUAUUAAGGCCCAGCAGCCUGUUGAUAAGCUACCCUGUCUCACCACGCGCUGGUGUGGAAACAGGGCCCAGCCAGCACGCCUCAAGGUAGAUGGAAUCCCCACUGGUCAGAGAAAAAGCCAUGCGGACACUCCAGCUUGGCCUGGGUCACAGCACUGACUUCUCACCCGCUAGUCUGGCUGUUAAGAGGAGAAGGUGCACUGCCUUCCAGCCUGGGAGGAGGACAGCAUUUUGUAUUUGUUCCACUGAUGCAGCUUAGAACCACACCCCUGAGAAUCGUGGCAAACCUUUCACAACCUGGAAAAUGUUGAAAGCAACCAUUCCUAUUUUUGUUUGUUUUUUAUUAAAUCUUGCACAAAA